CGGGGGUCCCCGGCGCUCGGAGGCGCCGGCCACAGCGCCCGCGCCCCGGAGCCGGCCGCCAGGGCGCAGCGAGUCUGGAAAAGUUGGCGAGGAGGCCUGGAGAACCUAGGCAUUUCCAUGCUGCGCUGCCGCCCGAGCUCUGGAUCCACCUCGCUGUGGUGGCCUGUGGCAACCGGCUGGAGGAGACGCUGGUCAUGCUCAAGUCGGCUGUGCUCUUCAGCCACAGGAAGAUGCAGUUUCACAUCUUCACCGAAGACGCCCUGAAGCCUGAGUUUGACAAGCAGUUACGACAGUGGCCUGACUCUUAUACGAAGAAGUUUGAGCACAGAAUCUACCCCAUCACCUUCUCUGUUGGAAACUCUCAAGAAUGGAAGAAAUUAUUCAAACCCUGUGCUGCCCAGAGACUCUUUCUUCCGGUGAUUCUGAAGGAUGUGGACUCCCUCCUCUACGUGGACACCGAUGUUCUCUUUCUGAGGCCUGUCGAUGACAUCUGGAAGCUUUUGAGGCAGUUUAAUUCUACACAGCUUGCUGCCAUGGCUCCUGAGCAUGAGAUCCCGAAGAUUGGCUGGUACAGCCGCUUUGCCCGGCAUCCUUUCUAUGGCUCUGCAGGAGUUAACUCGGGAGUCAUGUUAAUGAAUUUAACUCGAAUAAGAAGCACCCAGUUCAAGAGCAGCAUGAUUCCGACAGGCUUGGCUUGGGAGGACAUGCUGUACCCUCUGUACCAGAAGUACAAGAAUGCCAUCACGUGGGGAGACCAGGAUUUAUUAAAUAUUAUUUUUUAUUUCAACCCAGAGUGUCUCUAUGUGUUCCCCUGCCAGUGGAACUACCGUCCCGAUCACUGCAUGUACGGGAGCAACUGCAAGGAGGCUGAGCGGGAGGGAGUGUCUGUCCUUCAUGGGAACCGGGGCGUGUACCAUGACGACAAGCAGCCAACCUUCAGAGCUCUCUAUGAAGCCAUUCGGGACUUUCCCUUUCAAGACAAUCUCUUUCAAUCCAUGUACUACCCUCUCCAGCUGAAGUUUUUGGAAACUGUGCACACUCUUUGUGGACGAAUCCCACAAGUUUUCCUGAAGCAAAUUGAGAAAACAAUGAGAAGGGCCUAUGAGAAACACGUCAUCAUCCAUGUUGGCCCCAACUACAUGCACUGAAUAUGUUGUCUAGUCGCAAACCAAUUAGACAUCUUGUGACCAAGGAAACAAUCUUUAUGCAGCCUGGAUCUUUUUAUGUGACUAUUUAAUGGUGUUCCAUGACUAUUGAGUUUUAAAAGCCUUGUUAAAUUUUACUAAAUUAGUUGCCUCUAAAAGAGAA